UGUUCACAGCGGCUGUCUGUUUUACUGCUUCUUACAGAUAUAUUUCACAGCUGUAGUUAUCUUAGCUAGCAUUAGCUCCUCAAUCUGACAACAACAACAACAAAAUGCAGCUAAUUUCAGUUUAGCUAGCAACCUAGCUGCCCCUGUAAGUUACCACCUCCCAGUUUAUACACUCACUCAUCAUACAGGACACUUGACACUCUCGCUAGUUAGUUCUUAACUUCGCUAAUUCUAGUGCUGGACGGUAUGACCAAAAAUGUAAAUCACGGUAUUCUUCAAGAUUCUGACAGUUUCACCGUCUAUCACGGUAUUUUUAUUAUAAUUUAUUUAUAGUUUUUUGCAUGACUGGGCUUUAUUAUAGGUUUGUGACUUAAGUUACUCUACUGUCAGGAGUACAUAUAGCUAGCUAAUAUCAAAUAUUAAGGCUUUAACUCUUUUAGACUCUUUUAGCAUCCAUUGCAGUGGACAUCUUUUUUUAUUAUGUUUUGUUGCACAUCACACUAUUUUAGAGCUGUUGUCCAUCAGAUAGGACUGGGCGAUAUGCACAGAGCAGCUAACCUGUAAUUUAGGUGUUGGAUCUGUCUCAGCACUGCAGUGUUAUAGUGUGAUGUGAUGAAAUUGUGGGAUGUGUGAUCUAUUAUAGUGUGAUGAUGUGUGAUAUUGUAUGUUAUCGUGUGAUGUGUUGAUAUGUGUUAUGUGAUAUUUGUUGUUGUGUGUUAUAGUGUGAUGUCAUUGUGUGAUGUGUUAUUGUGUGAUCUAUUAUAGUGUGGUGUGAUGUGAUGUGUUAUAGUGUGUUAUGUUAUCGUGUGAUAUGUUUUGUUAUGUGAUAUUGUGUGAUGUGAUAUUGUGUGUUAUAGUGUGAUCUAUUAUAGUGUGAUCUAUUAUAGUGUGAUGUGAUGUGUUAUAGUGUGUUGUGUUAUUGUGUAAUGUGUUACUGUGUGAUGUGUUGUGCUGGUACAAGUAGAUUAGACACAGCACUAGCGUUUCAACUAGUGAUUAUUUUGGUAGUCGAUUAAUCUGACAAAUAUUCUUUUUCCAAUUUGUCAAAAAAAAUCUGCUUAAACAGCUGUUCUGAUAUUUAGUAAGACAUUAUGUAAUCUGUUGUGUCUGCCACUUUUGUUGACCAAGCUAAAUGUGAUUUGUGUUUCUGUCCCCAGCACUUUGUGUAGUGCAGUGUCAAAUUAACGAUUAGUCGUCAUUUUUUGAAUAAUCAGUAUUGUCCAUUAUGUCCAUUAACUAAUUGUGUUGCAGCCCUGCACAGCAGUGAUAUCAGCAUGACCACCACAACCAACUUGACCAAUCUAUAACAAAUUGGAUUAGUGCACAUUAUGCGCCGCUCUGCAGCCCCCAGUCAGCUUCAGGGCAAUGCUGUGAAGAGGCCGAGGUUUAUACCUCCUGCCCCCUCACAGACUGGAGUACUGGGCAAUGGAAUUAACAAGCAUCACCAGUCUCAGAGAGUGGAGAGCCAUGUUCCUGCACCUGAGGUCCAGAUAAGCUUGUCUGAGAGGACUGUUGAUGUUCCAGCUGUGCCCAAAGUCUCUGGGGUGUGUAAAGCCUUAGCCAAGGUUCUAAGUGCAGUCACCCCGACCGAGAGUAAAGAAAAUGCCCCGGAAUUACAGAGGGUCCCCCUGGAAUCAGAACAACACCUGGAGUCUCCCAAACCAAACCGACAGGAUCAGCUUAAAAAGCACACAGACACAACCUCUCCAGCUGCACAGUACUACAGUGUGGUGUGGUGCAAAGCAUCGUCAAGAAAGCAUAAGCGAUGGGAAGGCGAUGCUGUACUUGUGGCCAGGGGGCGGAGUGUCGUUCUCAAAGACAUGGAAGGACGAGAUAUUGGACGAGGGUCAGGCUAUAAGGCGUCUGAGCUGGAGAGCCUGUGUGAGGGCCAGACUCUGAUGGUGGGAGGGAAGCAGAUCGAGGUCAUGGGGGUCAUAUCGAAUGAAGACUAUGCCAAAGGGCGUUGUUUUCAGGACGCUGCCGUGGAUGUUCCUUUAGAAGCUGUCACCAGGGCACCUGUGAGCCGUCCUCUGGCAAAACCUUUUUCCAGACCAGCCCUGAAGGGAGGAGCCACUAAAUUAGGUCCUGAACCUGAGGGACCUGUCCCCAAGCCCCGACAUGACCCGAACGCCCCAGGAGCUCUUGUGAUGCCCCGACCCUCAGCCAAUCACCAGUGGCUUUGUAAUAAAACCGGACUCCCCGUGGUGGAUGUGGUUGUGGACCCCCAUCUGACGAAUCAUCUGCGGCCACAUCAAAGAGAGGGUGUGGUCUUUCUGUACGAAUGUCUCAUGGGGAUGAGGUUGGCUGGACGUUGCGGAGCUAUUUUAGCAGAUGAGAUGGGCCUGGGGAAGACGCUGCAGUGCGUGUGUGUUCUGUGGACUCUGCUGAAGCAGGGCCCUUACGGUGGACAACCUGUGUUAAAGAGAGGUCUGGUGGUAUGUCCCGGGAGCCUGGUGAAAAACUGGGGUGCAGAGUUUAACAAGUGGCUCGGCAGAGAGAGGAUCAGAGUUUUUACUGUGGACCAGGAUAAUCGUGUGCAGGACUUUGUGUCCUCUCCCCUGUGUCCGGUAAUGGUGAUUAGUUAUGAGAUGCUGCUACGGUCAAUAGAGGUCCUGAAGAAACUGGAUUUCAGCUUGGUCAUCUGUGAUGAGGGUCAUCGGCUGAAAAACAGCAACAUCAAAACUGCCGGUGCUCUUACUGCUCUGGCAUGUGAACGUCGAGUGAUUCUUACAGGCACUCCUGUCCAGAAUGAUCUUCAAGAGUUCUACUCCAUUAUAGAGUUUGUGAAUCCAGGCAUUCUGGGAACCUCUGCAGCAUACAGAAAGAUUUAUGAAGAACCAAUCAUUCGAUCUCGACAGCCCACAUGCACUGAGGAAGAGAGGUUUAUGGGUGAGGAGCGAGCAGCAGAACUUGCGAGACUGACCAGCGUGUUCACUCUACGCCGGACGCAGGAGAUCAUUAAUCACUUCUUACCUGAGAGGCUGGAAUGGACAGUCUUCUGCAGGCCCACAGAGCUUCAAGUGCAGCUCUACGAUGCACUGCUCUCCACACGAUCCGUCAGGGCCUGUAUCUCUGGAUACAACACGCUCAAUCACAGUCCGCACCUUGCCUGCAUCAAUGCUCUUAAGAAACUGUGCAACCACCCAGGACUCCUCUACAACACUGUAAAGGAGAGCACUGAUGAGUUGUAUGAGAGCCUGUCAGUAAAGCUGUUCCCCGAGGCCUACUCCACUGGCAACUUUUGCACAGCGGACUCUGGAAAACUACUGGUGCUCACAGACCUUCUCAAGGCUAUACAGCAUGUCAACCGCACAGACAAGGUUGUUUUAGUGUCCAACUACACGCAGACUCUCGAUCUACUACAAGACCUGUGCACUCACCUCGGCUACACCUGGUGCCGGCUUGAUGGGCAGACACCUGUUGCUCAGCGACAGCGAAUUGUGGAAUCCUUCAACAGCCCAUACUCCUCACACUUCCUGUUCCUGCUCAGCUCUAAGGCUGGAGGGGUGGGGCUUAACCUGGUUGGGGCCUCCCAUCUUGUUCUGUAUGAUAUUGACUGGAAUCCGGCUAAUGACAUCCAGGCCAUGGCCAGAGUGUGGCGAGAUGGACAGAAGAAAACGGUUCAUAUCUACAGAUUUUUAACCACAGGUACCAUAGAAGAAAAGAUGUACCAGAGGCAGGUGAGUAAGCAGGGUCUGUCUGGGACAGUAGUAGACCUGAAGAAAAAGGCUGAGCACAUCAGCUUCUCUGCUGAGGAGCUGCGUGACCUUUUCACCUUUGAGGCUAACACCUCCUGCCUCACCCAUGACCUGCUGGACUGCCAGUGCUUGGGGGAUGGGAGCACACCAGGUGAGUCUGAAGAGGUUACUGUGGCUGAAGGAAGAGCAUGUCAGUUGGGUCAUCGUGCCAACAGUUCCAGUCCCUGUGUUCCACAACGGGUCACCAUGUCUGAGCUCAUGCACUGGAGGCAUUUCUCUGGAGCCAUCCAGUCAUAUGGUGAUGUUUACCUAGACCACGCCCACCAGCAUGUUACAUAUGCCUUUCAAAGCUCCACUUCUAAAAGCCAAACUUCAGCUGAACAGAAUCUCCCAAAAACAUAAAUACUUGGACAGAUGAAAAUAAUCUAAUUUAAGGAUUCUAUUCAUUAAUGUAAAAUGCAAAUAUGUCAAAUUUACAAAACAAAUGGACUGUCUUGUUAAUAAACCUUUUGUUUUGUGCUGUC